GUUGUCAGGUCUCUUUUUAUCUUCUUGCUGUAGGCUUGGCCGCUACCUGAACUGCUUUUAGUGUUAAAUGGCCUUGAAACCUGAAGAUGCUUGUAGCAGCAGCGAGUUUCAGUUAGACUUUGGUACAAAUAUGAGCUUCCAACAAGCCGCUGGGAAUCGUAGUCCGCCGGAGCCACGAAAGAGGACAGCACAACACGAUAAUAAAGGACAUCCACGAAAUGGCGAGGCAUUUAUUCAACCAGGUCCACCCAAGAAGCACAAGGGAAUGCAUUCAACACACGUAAGACUGAUUCAAAAUGCUUAUAAAUAAUUAAGGUUAAUUUCAACACCUUUGUUUCGAGCUGUACAGGCUCUAUCUUCCCUUCCCAACGGGUAACUUCUAUUUUCCAGUGAACUUAAUUGCUAUUUGUUUAUUUAUUUAGGUAUCUGUAGAUCACAGUAUUCACAUCAAUAAAACCAUUCUGCUACGAUUAGCCAAACUUUCGUGUUUCUUUUUCUUCUGUUCAGCUUCUGAGACAACACGUACCAUGAAGGCCCCUUCGCUUUUACAUGCACCUUGCCUUUAUAAAAAUGGAGUAGUUAACUAAAUAAACAACUUGAAUCUGGACCAGGGAUAACUGAGAAACUGAAUUUGAAUUCAAUAUGGGAGCUGAAAAAUCAAAUUCAGUAUCAUUUUGUCUACAAUUUGAUGAUUGGGUGCUAUUAAAAAAAUGCAGAAGAUUAACCAAGAAAUGCUUUUCAACAGAAGAAAAAGUGUCAGAAUCUCUAGCCAUCUCUAGAAUCUCUUCUUUCUUUAUUUGAUGUUAUUUUAUUGUGGUCCAACUACUCGAAUCAGGUGACUCCUUUGCUAUUUGUGGGGAGAUGUAAUUAUUUAUUAGCUGUGUUUCGUUCACCGGGACGAUCAAACUCAACCUACUUUUGAAAAAUAAUUGUUAUUGUUGUUUUUGUUUGAUGAUGAUGAUGAUGAUGAUGAUGUAUUAGUGUGCGAAUUUGUUUUACUUCUUUUCUUUUCUUAAGUUACCAGGACAAGAACGCAAUCAAAAUAAUACAAUGAGUCCUUCCGCUCAAACUGGAUCGCAUACAGAGCAAGGAGGUAAGGAAAACCCUAUCUCUGGACUAAAUAUAAUAUACAGUCAUACCUCCACAUGAAACCUGACGUCUAACGAGAGGGUUUGGAAGGUAAUCUCGAGAUCCGGGAUUUCACCCGAAACAAAACACGGAAUUCGAGAAAAUGCAAAAUUCAUUUACGGGAUACGGCAUUUGACCGCUUCUCGGGAGGCGGGAUUCGUCGAAAUCUUAGCAUGGAUGCGGUAUUGGAAGAAAACGAUAUUCGAGAUAGAGAUGGCAGACGUUCGGGAUGUGGGUUUGCCGGGAUCAGAACCCCCCCCCACCCCCCCGCCCCACUUCCACUUUCAGACCCUGUUACCUAGCAGCUAGACUCUCCACAAUGGUCACAGCCUUGUGGACAGAUGUCUAAGCGACCGUUGUUGAUGCUGUUUAUUUUGAAUACCAGGAAGUAGCGAUGUGACGAGACACCAAUCUUGGGGUAUAAAAAGAUGAAACAUUUCUGUUUAACCUAAAUUGUUCACAGCAUAAGUGAGUCUGAUAUUACUUUGUACAGCCCGAGCUGUAUACAUAUGUGAUGAAUGGCCGUUGUUGAGAUGCUGGUAUUUGGUUGAUAAGAUUGAAUUUGUGUGCUAUUCACUUUUACAUCUCUUCCGCGCUUAAAUGACAACAAGACCGUCCCGGCCUUGAAUAAUCUCCCCAGAAAGAUAAAAUCGAGUAAGAGAAACUUUGGGUCUCUUUUACAUGAUACAAGCUUUAAUAUCGCAACUUAUUUUUUAAAAUCCAUUUCACUUCUUUCUACUAAAACAGGGUCUUUCAUGCACCAGGAUAACAGUCAUUUAGGAGGUAGCGAUGACAAAGCGAGGCUUGAAUCAGUAUUACGAGGUGAUUUCAGCGUACUUUGUUCUUAAAGCUGGCACGUCACAACACAACAGCAACAAGAAAAUAUCUCAGUUUUUGCCGCAAGGUUGUUACUACGCGGGCUAAGCAACAACAAAAACCCAAACUAACGAGUACGACAAACAAAAACAGGUUACCAGGACUGAUCAUGUUAGCCCCCUUGCAAAAAACUCGCGAUACAAUGUCUAAAUAUGUGAAUAAAACAAUGGUACAGUCAAACUCCAUUGAUACGGACAUUGAGGAGGGGGGCGGGGGGCAUAGAACUGAAGUGCCCGUAUUAACACUGCGGGUUGAAUUUAAAGAAAGUGUAAGGUCUCAAAUAUAAUAAAGAGAUUUAGAGUCACGUUUAAGGCAAACGGCAAAAGUCAAUUCGUGCCAAGUUUUCUUCUUACUUUUCGUUUACUGUUCAUUAAUGUUCCAAAAAUAUCAGUAGUUCUUCGUUAGUUUGUCCAUAAGAAUCGUUUUGGACUGUUUUUAUCUGCUUAUUUUCCAUUUUGAGAAAACCUCAAGUUUAUCGUUUUCCGUAAACGUAACUCUAAACCUCUCCAAUUUUUAUCGGUCCAGCGGCCUUCACUUAGGCCUGGCCUAAAUAUAAAACCGAGGGCCGGGAGCCGGGAGCCCGGGCCCCUCAAGCCCUUCCCCUAGAUCCGCCAGCGCAGUCGGUUAAAUCUUAAUGCUGGACAAAACGGCUAACGCCUGGCGUUUGACGUUAAAGUCAGCCCAGUUAAAUUCUUCAGGCCUAAAUUGUUAGAAGCUAAUAGUUACGUAAGACAUCCGGUUUCAUAGCCUAAAGAAAUGUUAACUCCUUUGUUAUGUGUUUUUGUGGACUUUCGUGGUGCACAACGUUCAAUAGCAUUCCUAUCAUUUUGAUUCUAUUGACCAAUAUAAACGCCGCAUUAAUUUAUUCAGUCACAUUUGUGAACAAAAAAAUAAAGAAUUGCAUGUGCACCAACAGGGAGCUCCCAACAUAUAAUGUAGCACUGUUAUUUUUAUCUCUGAUGUUUGCCUACUUUCAUAACCAGUCUCCUUAACUAACUAAGUUUGAAGGGAGGAAAAAAGUAGUUGGGGACCAAAAUAUCAACGGAAAGAUCUUGCUGUGUCCUAUAAAACCCAAGUCACGGACACACGAUUCUCGGAAUCGCUCCCUUUUAUAUGAAAUUGGCCGGGCCGCUUCUAACAUAAGCUAACACGGGUGUAAACGAAACUUCUAAAUCGACAUUAACGUUAUUUUUUUCUUAAUGCCACAGACCUUGGACAAGAUAUGAAAAUGAUUUAUUUAAAAUGGGCACAGCCUUUUGCGUAAGUACUCGUUGCAGUAAUUUAUGUAAAAUGACAGCAGCCAAUUCAGUAGGAAAACUCAGAGAACCGUCAAGGUAUAAGCGUUGAAAAAGGUAGAUUAAUACAUGGGUCUCGUUUUGUUUUUUUCCUCAUGUUUUCAGAGAGGGCGAGGCUUUUGAAGGGUUUUGUCCCGCAAGACUUGACGAGCUAUUGAAAGAGGCGUUGAGGUUGGAACAGCACCUCAAGAAUCAAAAAGAACGUUUGAGGGAGAGGUUAACCCUAAUUACACGAACUUUACAGGCACCAGUGUUGUAACAUAAUUUCUUACUUGCCAAAGAUAAUUUAAAAAUUGUUGGUUGCAAAUGCCUCUCCACUUCGAGGAACAUUUUCCUUAUGAAUUUCAGUGAUAAAUAGAUUCAAAAUUAUGUCAUCUCUCUCUCUCUCUUUGUACAUUUUUAACUUUCAUUUUUAGUGUCAAAAACCACGAUGUAGCAUACACAACGUCUAUUUUUUAAGGACAUCUCUCGUAUCUUGAACUAAGUAACUUUUCCU